AAAGAAUUCAAGAAUCGCGCUUCUCCCGCGUUUCGAGAUUGUUCUCGUUCCCUUCCUGACUGGAUCCCGCUAGAGUCUCUCUCCCCGAGCCGCUUCCGCUGUGAUGCAUCAGUGUUCAACUCGCCUCACAGAGAACCAUGGCAUCUCCCUCCCACCUAAAUCCUCCCGCACCCAUCGACCGUCCAAACUCGAGGGUGAGUUUGGCCCGGAGCGAUACGACGUACCAUAGUUUCCAAGACCUCGAGUUGUUCGAACCCGAGCCUUCUCCAUGCCAGCCCGAUCACCAGCCGUCGACUAUUCAUCCUCCACAGCCAGUGACUCCUUCGGAAACGAAGGAGCAGAGGCCUCCGACCAGGGAAAUGCGUCGCCAAGACUCGGGGUACGAGUCGAUAGCCCCACGAGACUCGAUGUGCUCCGGUCGCCAGACCUCCUCCUCGGCAUCUGUUUCCUCGCCCACAUCCUCACGACCUAAGAAGCGGCCACACCGCCACCGCCGCCCAAGGCCUGGCCGGAACGGCCGUCACUCUCUCUCCCCGCCCAGGAUCACCACCACCACCUUCGGCUCCGGGCAUCACCAGCAGCCGACGCCCGUGACGUACUUUCACUUCCCGCUCUUCACCUCGUCCGAUCCGGCGCUGUACGAGGCAGACCUGCCCCAGCCGCUGGCCCUGCCCAGUCCCUCAGAAUGCCCCCCCGCGGCCGCGCGCAGCAACACCACCAACACCUACUACUCCUUCUACCCCUACCCCACGCGCUCCGAGACGUCGUCGCCGUCGCCAUUGCCAUCACCAACCACUGUCUUGGGCGCAGGCACGGGCACAAGCCCAAGCACGUACCCGUACCCCCCGCCGCUGCCGCCGCAGACGACGCACUACUGGACGAGCGACCGCACGCGCCGGCUCGAGUACGCGGCCAUCGACGCGGCGAGCAAGGGCGUGCGCGGCUGGAUCGUGCGCCACGUCGUGCCGGACUGCUUCGUGCCGCGCAGCCGGCGCCGGCUCGGCUUCGACGACGACCGCGGCAGCGUCGUGCGGUACCGUCUUGAGCUGGAGGAAUCAUCGUCGUCGUCGUCGUCCGAGGGGGGGGUGGACAGCAGCGGCGCCGGGGAGAAGAAGGAGGCCGCUGAGUCCGGGGGGAGGCCGGCGAGGUGGUGGAGGUCUUGGUGGUUCAGCGUGCUGCGCCGCUGAGGAGAUCGGGCGGCGGACAGCUGAGCUGAUGGAGGAUGGAGUUUUCCAUGGCGAAAACGGCGAGAGGGCUGCCGGCGGGCGCUUCAGGGUGGAAUCUUCCUCUCCCCAUCUUGCACGGGCGGCGCAAUGGUUCUUCCUUUUCUCGGCAUCACGGGCAGCAUCACGGCAUCUCUGGAAAAACAUCAUCAGCGUACCUCAUUGGGUUCGGCGUUCUAUACCCCCUGCAUUGCAGCUUUUUGGGUUCUUUGCCGGAACAGACUGGAUGGAAGCUUGGCAGGCUAUACCUGCAUGUUUGGUUGUCUUUGCUAAUCUUUCUAAUAAUUCGGGGAUGGUAAUAGUCACUAUUUAGGGUAAAACCAUCAUUUCGUUACAGGAUUGGGGUGAAACGGAUUGAAAACGCCGCUGAUACGUGGUCAUCCUGUCUGUUCGUUAAAUCAUUUAAUGUCUAUCAACAAGUCAUGGAACAAAUCUCCCUGCGUGCAUACUCAUGAUCAGCAUUGAGA